AUGACAACUGGUGAUGGUGCCUGCUCUGGUUGGGAUGCCAGCCCCACACCCUCUAUACGCGAGUUUCACCAAAGAUACCAGCCGGGAACUCUCUCCCCUGCCACACUACGCCGCAUCUUACUACACCCGCAUCCCACUCCCUCCACACCACUGCCAUACUCCCACCACACUCCUACCACACUCCGAUACACUCCCACCACACACACCAUAUCAACCCUCCCCCCCAACACACAGCCAUCAUACUCCAGCUACACACUCACCACACUCCUGCCACACACCCACCACAUUUCACUAAAUACUCCGCCAUACUCCCACCACAUACCCACCACACUCCCGCCACACUCAUACCACACACCAGCCACACUACCACAACACUCCACCACACUCCCCACGCCACUCCUACUAUACUGCGCCACACACCAACCACACUUCCGCCACACCCCAGCCACAUAUUCACCACACACCGCUAUACUCCUACCACAUAUGUCACUGCACCCCCCCAUACUCCCGCCCCACACCCACCACACUUCAAUACACACUCCGCAACACUCCUACCACAUCCACCACUCUUACCACACACCAGCUACACACCCGCCACACCCCUGCCACACCCCCGCCACACUUCAAUACAUUCUCCGCCAAUCAUUCCUACCACACUUCCACAUACUCAGGCUCCACACCCACCACACUACCACACACACAACCGCCACAAUCCUCUUGCGACACCCACCACACACCCGCAACACUCCCACCACACAAUAG